GUUACCUAGUUUGUACCUUUCCUCCUCGAUCACUUUUACACCCACUUCGCUCACCUCUCGACAGCCUUGGAUCGAAAUUCCUCAUUAAUACACCCGCGCUUUCCUGUCCCUCUCCAAUCGCCAGGCCCUCCGCAGUCUUGCGAAUUACCGUCCCUCGUGUCUCGCGGAUUCCUCUCCACGAAACCAUGGACAAACCCCCUUCCUCAUCCUCUCCCUCGUCCUCAAACAAGAAACCGUCGUCACGCGGGACGGCCAACUACGUCUCCUCCUCCGGGCACAUCUUAGAGACACCACCCCUCUCGGCCCGCAUCUCCCGCAUCUCCGACGACGUGUACAACUUCCUGGGCCUGUACUUUGUGUCCCUGUUCUCGCUGGACCCGUACACCGCGGCGCAGAACAGCCAGUUCAACACCCGCGGCCGGCCCAACGCGUACCAAGAGCGGCCGCGCUGGGGGGGAGGGACUAAUCGUCUCGGCGGCGGUGGUGCUACCGGUGGUGGUGGUAGUACUUGGGGAAGAGGCGGUGGUGGUGGUGGAGGGAGUGGGAGUGGGAGCGGGAGUGGAGGCGGGUCAAGAAGGAUGGGAGGGAUUGACGACGUGCGCGCCCCGGAGUGUGGAAGCUGUGGAUGAAGCUGGUGUCGAGAGCGUGUAUACCCCGUCUGGGAAUCUCGGAAAGAGAGAGGGAGAAAGGGAAGACCGAGACGGAAAACCACCACUUACAAACGAGAGAGGUUCAUAACCUCUCCGCUUUCCGGGGCUUGGGGCUGGCAUUCGUGAAAGCUAUGGCGGGGGGGUUAAUGCGCAGAUGGGGUUUGAUUUCUUGGGGAUGGCGUCUCGACCAGAGACGAGGCUACAAAGAGACAAAAAAGGACGAGGCAUAUUCAUGGGUGCGUUGCAGACGCGGAGCUCCCCACGGGGCUUGAUGGUUCACUACCUAUGCAGCAAUGCGCACAGGGCAAGCCAUUUCAACAAGCUGGGAGGUGGGAAUCGAGAGGCUUGUACCAUUGUUCCUGCGCGGCGGCAUCGCACAGCAUCUUGAGAAAUGGGGCUGCAGAACCACCACAUACAUAUUUUGGGCCUUUCGCACGUCAGAGCGAAUACCACAUGGCCCAAAAUACCAGAAACACGAGGAUGUACAAAGUAGAGCCGUACCGCACAAGGCAGGUUUCAACCUCCUGGAGAUGGAACGAUGCUAAGGGGUAGCGACAAACAAUUUCCAUUUGCCUUUCCUCGUUCUGC